CCCCCCACCUCCGCAGCGGCUCUCCGCCUUCUGACACUCCCUCCCUGCCGCACUUCUUCCUGGACUUCGCGUCUGCAAGCGGCUCCCUUGUCAACCGUCCGUUCUGCCAAAGCAAAGAGAGGCAACAAUGAACGUUGAACAUGAAAUCAGUCUUUUAGUUGAAGAGAUUCAGCGGCUGGGGACCCGAAAUGCUGAUGGGAUGUUGAGUGUGAAGUUUGGUGUACUCUUUGCUGAUGAAAAAUGUGCCAACCUUUUUGAAGCAUUAGUGGGUACUCUUAAAGCUGCAAAACGAAGAAAGAUCGUUAGUUAUCCUGGAGAGCUGCUUUUACAAGGAGUUCAUGACAAUAUUGAAAUUUUAUUACUGCAGGAUUAACUCAGAUUUUUUUGUCAUUACUACAUUUUUUUCAGGUAAAUGAAUAGAUUAAGGCAAAUAUGCAUGAAGAUGUAUUUAUAUCUUUCUAGCUGAAAUGAGACUUUCCUGUUUGAGAAAGUAAACUUUUGUGAAUAAAUUGUUUGCAAAAUGACUGUUGGGGACCAAGAUGUGCCAAUCUCCUGUUUUGUCUCAGGUAACCAUUUUAAAAUGUCAGAAGUAUUGUCUGAUCUUUCCAAUAAAUUAUCAGAACUUGCAAGCUAGAGUCUGCUACAAAGGUAUAAAAACCACUUAAUUAUA